AGCCAACUUAGAUUGGUAAUGUAAGUUGGCUUAAAUCUAGCACAUAAUAUUCCACGACCAAUUAAAAAUCAUUUAAAAAGAAUUUACAUCAAUUAUAUUCUCAUCAGAAAAUCCUAACUUAGUUUUCUCCGCAAUUGUGAAUCUUCUGCGUUCUCUUCAACCCUUCAUGCAUUAUUUUGGCGAAUAAAAAGGAAAUGCAAAGCUUGUUGGGCUUGACAUAUUGUGAUCUCAUUAUAAAUUUUAGUUAUGCUUCUAAGAUCAAAUUCAAUGCAAAAUUCGACAAACAAAGGUUUACAAAAAGAAAGAGAAAAAGGGUUCCAUCAUCUCUUCGAAGGGUUGAUCAACCUCCAAAUGAAGAGAUUGUGGAAGAAAUACACGAAGAUACAGUGGAAGAGAAUGAUAGGGAUGACGAUGAAGAAGAGGAUAUUGGUGAAGUGAAAAGUGAUGAGGAUGAUGUUAGUGGAGCUUUGUCAAGUACUUCACAGUCGAAAAGAGAUGAGAGUAAUGGCAAACCGGCGGUUGAAGCAACUGCAUUCUCCGGACAACCUAUAGAUCCAAGUCUUUUAUGCUAUUAUGGAGACCACAUUGCACGAUUAGUGUGGGAAAUUUCGAAUCCAAGAAAAAACCCGAGACCAUUGCUUAGACUCCAGCAACACCAAGACAUGGUUAAAACAAUGUGGCCUAUUGAUAAAGAGUGUGUCAAAGUUCAAGAGCAUGUUCAAAAGAGUGGUUUGUACCCAUUAAUCAAGCAUGGCCAUGAUAAGAUUGAUCGUGCUCUUAUCAACGCAUUUUGUGAGCGUUGGUAUCCAGAGACCAACACGUAUCAUCUACCUUUUGGUGAAAUGACACCAACAAUUGAAGAUGUUGAGCGCAUCACCGGACUAGCUGCUAAAGGAGAAAAUGUUGAUGGGAAGUUUUCAGGGAAGAGCAUGACUUGGGAGAAUAUGUAUGCUUUGAUUAAAAGAACUCUUGGAAAAACUAAGGCACAAAUCCAGAAAGACAAGGCAUUGGGUGGAAUUGACAAGAAAUUAGAAAAAAGAUUAAAGCUUAAAUGGUUAAGGGAUAAGUUUAAGAGUAAAGAGAAUGAUUCAAAGAAGAGGAAAGAGCAAUGUGCUAGAGCAUACCUCCUUUAUGUAAUUGGCUCUAUUAUAUGCAGCGAUAAAUCAGGGGCAAGUGUUCAUGUUUAUUUCUUACAAUGUUUAGAAGAUUUAAACAGAGUUAAUACUUACUCUUGGGCUACAGCUUGUUUGGCUUGGAUAUAUCAUCAUUUGGGCCAAGGUUCUCGAAGUGAGGUGUCUUCCAUGGCUGGUUGUAUGACUGUCCUUCAGGUAUGGGUGUAUGAUCACUUCCCGAUUCUUGAGAGACACGAUAUUAAAAGUGGAUAUGAAAAAUGUGAUCCUCGAGCAGCAUUAUAUGUAGCAAAACAACCGGAAAGAAACCUUGACCUUGAGUUGGUUGAGUUGCGCGAAAAACUUGAUGACCUUACAGUAGACGAAGUUACAUGGGAUCCCUAUAAGUUGAUGCGAGAUGGUUCUGUUCCUCAAAUUGCUCACUACAUAGGACCACUUAAAUGUUUCGAGGUGGUCGAGUGGCAUAAUCCCAACAGAGUGUUGCGACAAUUUGGUGCGAUCCAGGAUGAACCCAGUGAUGUUUUCCUUGAUAAGAAUAAAACAGUCUCGAAGCCCAGAAGUUUUCGGUCUUAUUAUCCAUGUUUGGAUGGGCAUAAUUGUAGCGUAUGGGAUAAAAGUUCUAUAUCUGAGCAUAUUUUACAAUCCAGAGUUAUAAAUCCAUGGGAUUGCAAGGAUGGAUACAUGGAUUGGUUUUCGAAAGUAUCUCACACCCGAGUUGCUAAUCUUUUUCCCAGGAAUCCUGCCAAAGCUUUUAUCCAAGGAGAACAAACCAAAGCUGCAUUAAUAAAACGGAACAUUGGAAAGAUAUUGGAUGUGGUAUCCAGCUCUGGAGCUAAAGAUGAGCCGAUAAGCCCUUCAACCAAAGCUCGAAUAAUCUCAAUGCUCGAGAAUGUGGAUAACCCUCAUACUCCGCAUCUUUUUCUUCAUGAAGAUGACAUCCCUGGCGCUAAUUGGUAUAAGACUCAAGACAAGAAGCAGAAAAAAUGCAAGAAAAGGAGUUUACAGUCACUUUAAACUAAUACAAAUCAUCAUUCGUAACUGGCAUGUAGUAAAAAGGAGUUUACAGUCACUAUGUUUCACUGUGUUCCUCAUUGUGUAAUUCAUUUUUUUCUUUUUUUUGAAACUGUAAGAUUGAAAUUAAUUAGGAAGAAGUGUUUACAAAAUCUUUAUCCACCUGCAACUGAUGUCGAAUGUUACUAGGUGGAUCCAUUAACGAAACACUACUUAAUCUCUCA